AUGUCUCCGCCGAAAUCCUCAUCGGGAAAAACCGCAAAACCCUUGAUUCCGGGCGUUUUCGGCCCCCACCAGCCGUCGAUUCUCUCUGCGGAGAGCAUAGCCGAGAUUAGAGGAUCCACCGGGAUUCCGUCGGAGGUCGAGAUCAGAUUCCCGGAGGCUCAUGAGUCUCCGGAGAACCCCCCUCCAGGGUACUGCUGCGUGUUCGAGAUAUUCUUCUCUGCAUGCGGUCUGUCAUUCCCCCUUCCCGAACUCAUUGUGAAGAUGAUGUUCGAACUGGGCUUCGCUCUUGCCCAGAUGUGCCCCAACUUUGUUCGGACUGUCUUGUGCCUUCAAACUCUGGGGGAGGAGUUUGGCUACCAGCUGUCGUUGGCCGACUUCCUCCAGGUAUACACGGUGAAGACUGGUCGUACCAAAGGCACGCUUUACGUAAGCCCACUUGCCGGGCUAAAGGUCUUUGACGACCUGCCCGAGAAGGAUGAAAAGUGGCGGAAGUCCUAUUUCUUCUUCCCGGUUAACGAGCUCAUCUUCGGCCACCGCGUGAGUUCGCACGUAUCGAAGUGGACUUCGAAAAUCGAUCACUUCGAGCGCGGAUUGCUUUGCCCCACAUUCGCAGAGUUCUUCUCGAGGUUCUACAGCCAAGGACAGAUCGCUUGGGAUUCUUUUUCUUGUGAAAGGAUCAGAGAGUCCACGGCGAGGCUCAGAACGCGUUCUCUCGUUUGUUCCACCCCCUUGAGCGUUUCAGAGAUGAAUUACAGGGAAGAAAGGGCGUGCCGAGCUGCCGAAAAAGAAGCAAAGAAACAGAUGGCGAUGGCCCUCGCCGAAGGCAAAGCUCGCAUUUCUAACAAGAAUUCCUCCGUUCCUGAGGAGAGCGGGACUUCCGUGCCUCCAACUGGCUCUCCCGAGCUUGGUACAGAAUCAGCCAGGGCUCCUGCUGGCCCGCUGAUUUCUCCCGUGAUUGUCAUUGCUUAUUCUAGCGACGAGCCACGGUAG